GAAAUGAGAGAACUUGGGAGACCAAUUUAUACCUUCCUCCUUCCUCUUCUGGCAUGGAUGUGGUCGCUCCUGCUGAAUGAAUGGCGCAUUGAGGAUUAGAAUUAGGAUUGGUGGUGUGACUGAAAAGUGGAUAUUUGUGUUGGCUCUUUCUCUUGUGUGUGCUCCUGUGCUGGUUAUAUGCUCGCUACACAUGUCCAAGCGCUUUUUUUCUCAGUGCCGCUGAAGAGGAAGGAUGGCUCUACUGGUUUUGCUCCUGGAAACUGGGCUUGUUUUGGGUUCGAACUACGGAUACGUGGAGUGGUCGGACAUCGACCGAGACGAGAAUGCGGUGUUCGGCACCCAAAUCAUCAACAGGGAGCCGCCCCAUCACCCGACAUAUUACCACUCGCCGCCGGCCACGGAGCGCACCGUGGUGGCGCACAAGAUCGAGGAGGACCUACCGAGAGUGGUGACCGCUUUCCUCCACAGCGGCGACUCCUCCGCGCUGAGGCAGGUCAACUGCUCACGGAGGUACGAACUCAGCAGCCUCCGAGGCGGCUUGAACGCCGCAUCCCAUUACUCCCUGCACGGCAUCCUGGAGACCAUGACGCACGCCGCCAACUUCUUGAACAUGAUCCUGCAGGCCAACAGGUCCGGAGAGGAGACCUUUCACCGAGACCUGCACUGGUAUCACGCGUUAGUUCGGAGCAUCCUUGAGGGGGACCCCAAAAUCCACAGAGCUGUGGUGACCUUCCACGGGGAAGCACCGACGCAGAACCCUCAUGUCUUUCUGCAAGCAACCAGAAUUGAGAAGGAAGUGGUGCUGCAGGACCUCUCCGGCUCAGUGCACCGGCUUCUCAGAAGCAGGAACCCCGAGUCCGAGUGGUUUAACGAGUUUAGGGAUGGAAGGAGAGCACAAACGCACAGGAGAAGCUCUGAUCCCAAGGCUGGAGUUUACCUGCUGGACAAGAACCAGAUCAAGUGGUCUGCGCCUUACCUGGAGUGUGAACAUGGAGCUUUUGUGCCCUAUUGGCUUCUCACCUUGUCAGCCGGCUUCUAUGGACUCAGGAGGGAUUCUGGACCAGAGUUCAGAGGUGUUGUCCGCGUGGAUGUGAACCUACAGGAUGUGGAUAUUGACCAGUGCUCCACCAGCGGCUGGUUUGCGGGGACACAUCGCUGUAACCUCACCAGCAUGGAAUGUACACCCAUCACCGGCCAUGGAUUUGUGUUGGACAAAUACAAGUGCCAGUGCAGAAGAGGAUUUUACCAUCCAAGUCUGGUGGCACUCAAUGGCUUUAAAAGUAAAGAGCGGGACUCUCACAGAGACGACACUUCCGAUGUUUCCGUUAAGUGCCUUCCUUGCCGCGAGGGUUGUCCGGACUGCAGAGACAACACGCCCUGCCUUGCCGAGGAGGACGGCGGGCUGAGGCUGGCCGUGGCCUCCUUCCAGGGUCUGUGCAUGGUGCUGGACUUGGCCAGUAUGGUGGCGGUUUACCACUUCAGAAGAAAUAAGAGCAUCCGCACAUCUGGAUUCAUUCUGCUGGAAGCAAUGCUGUUUGGGGCGUUACUGCUGUACUUCCCUGUGAUGAUACUGUACUUCCACCCCAGUGUGUUCCGCUGUAUCCUGCUGCGAUGGGUACGCCUGUUGGGUUUCGCUAUCAUGUACGGCACCAUCAUCCUUAAACUGUACAGAGUAUUAAAGGUGUUCCUGUCCCGCACCGCCCAAAGAACGCCCUACAUGACCAGCUGGCACGUUCUCAAGCUGCUGACGGUGAUUCUGCUGGUGGUGCUGUGGUUCCUGGUGGCCUGGACGUCUGCGGUGUGCCAGAACCCUGAGCUAGGUCGGGCUUUAAUCACGGCUGGCUUCUCAUCAGAAGGACUGCAGUUUCGGAUGUGUCUGUUAGACCGCUGGGACUACAUGAUGGCUGUUGCGGAGUUCCUGUUCCUGUUGUGGGGUGUCUACUUGUGCUAUGCCGUCCGAACAAUUCACUCGGCGUUCCACGAACCGCGAUACAUGGCGGUGGCCAUCUACAAUGAGCUCCUCCUAUCGGCAGUCUUCCACAUCAUCAGGUUCUCGCUGGCACCCGGCCUUCACCCUGACUGGAUGCUGAUGCUGAUCUUUGCCCACACACAUCUAACCGUCACCGUGACUGUGGGUCUGCUUCUUGUCCCAAAGUUUCUGUCCAAAGGGACUCAGGCUCGGGAUGAUAUUGCCACCGAGGCCUAUGAGGAAGAGCUGGACAUUGGGAGAUCCGGUUCUUACCUCAACAACAGCAUCACGUCGGCCUGGAGCGAGCACAGCUUGGACCCUGAGGACAUACGGGACGAGUUGAAAAAGCUGUACGCUCAGCUAGAAGUCUACAAACGUAAGAAGAUGCUCGCCAACAACCCUCACCUCCAAAAGAAGCGCAAUUCCAAAAAGGGCCUGGGUCGUACCCUGAUGAAAAGAAUCACGGAGAUCCCGGAGACCAUGCACUUACACCGCCAGUGCAGCCGUGAGGACGGCAGCGAACACGGCAGCAACCGCAGCACCUUGAGGAGAAACCACAUGGAGAUGAGUCAUCAGGGAAAAAGCCGAGAUGACUCUCUGAAGAACAAAGUGAUCGGCUUGCAGAAGUCGUUGAGCUACGACCACGUUUGUGACCAAGAUGAAGAAAAUGGAAGCCAAAGUGGCUCCACAGCAGGAGACAAAACAACUCCAGUGGGAGGAGUCGGUGAGGGUUCUCUCCUGGGUUCCCUCAUUGGCCGCAAACAUUCCAAAAAGCCGCUGGAACCAGCCGCCCCGCCGCCCAAGUUGGAACCAGCAGACUCGACCGAGUCAGUCCCGCUCUUCUGGAAAUCCGCCAGCGUUCAUAAUUUAACACACGAAAAGAAACCAGUGCACCUUCGCACCUCCAUCAUGCAGAAGUCUCUCAGUGUGAUCGCCAGCGCCAAGGAGAAGAUGCCGGGGCUCGCCAGCAAGACGCAAAGCGUGGAGGACGCCAGCAAAAAAGGUUUGAAGUGUCAGGAGGGCAGGAUGCUGUCCGAGGUGGAUGAGACUCCUGAGCAUUAUCCCAAAAUGAUCGCCAGCCAGUCGGUGGAGUAUUCCAAGACACCCUUGAAGAUGGGCAUCAUGAAGCAGCAGGUGAGUGGCAGCCAGCCAUCCAUUUGCUCAGAGACGGGAAGAAACCUGUACGAUGUUUCCGAAGUUUGUCCCUGGGAGAUGGAAGAGCCUCAGACGCCGUCCGAAUCCAAGACCCAGAAACAUGUCUCCAUCGCCCCGGAGGAAGCCAAUGCAGGCCGAAGAGGAAGUAGCAGCUCCGGCAUGAGUAAAAGUAAUCGUUCUCAACAGAGACCGAAAACCGGACAAUCCCCUUCCAAUAGACGGCGUUCUAAAGAUAGAGGAGGGGAAAGGGAGGAGAUCAGGGAGACCAGGAAAACCCGCGUACCCAGGUCACCUCUGCCUCUCAAACCGGAUGUAUCCGCAUGGGAGUUUGACGAGCAGCCCAUGCUGGAGGGGGUUUCAGAGUCCAUUUCACCAGACAGAAUCCGCCGUAAAAAAAGCGUCACCCCCACUGAUGGUAAACCCAAGGCACUCCACUCGGACCACUCCAAAUCCACCGGAAGCCUUUUGCAACCUCCUUCCUUAAUGGUAGAGAUCUGUCCUUGGGAUUACUCCAGUCCGCCCUCUCCCAAGCAGGAGAAGACCUGCAGCAGCCCUUCCACACACAAGAAGAAACGGAAAGGUUCCUGCUCAUCCACUCAUAAACCAGAAAAGGAGAAGAAACCCCGAGAAAGACGGAGCUCCUCCAGCAAGCCCGUGUCAGAAAGAAGGCGUAUCAGCCAGUCAGAGUGCGGCGUUCCGGCCUCUGAGCGGCGGAGAAGCUCCAGUAGAGACCCAGACGGAAUGGAGGUCAGGAAAACAGAGAUCCUCUCUAGAGAGAUGGAAGCCUCGCAUAGCAGCUUUGGUCAAACUAAAAGCUCCAGUGACAGGAAGAAAGAGAGGAGUUACAAACCUGCAGUUGUGAGUGUUCCAAAAACGGCUGACGUUUGUCCCUGGGACUUUGAGGACCAAGACCGUGGGGACAGGGCAUGAUGACUUAUGUCUUGUUUUGGGAUUUGUAUUCGCAGACUCGUGACCAAUCAACUAAGGAUUGAAAUGUCGGAUUGAAAAGACCCGGACACUCUUUCUUUUUUUAUGGUAAUGGUAAUGGUUUUAUUUCAUUUGAACAUGCAUCAGAUUACAAUUGAAUGCAUCACAUAAUCAGUUCACAGUUCCACAUGUCCAAAAGGAGUAGGAAGAAGCAAAGCUUAUUAAAUCCUACCCCUCCAUCUGGUACUUUUACAAUCAGUACCUGUUACAUUUGUUCACUUCCUGCUUUCCUAAUAUAGUUCAUUCAUUCAUUCAUUUUCUACCGCUUUUCCUCACGAGGGUCGCGGGGGGUGCUGGAGCCUAUCCCAGCUGUCUUCGGGCGUAAGGCGGGGUACACCCUAGACUGGUCGCCAGACAAUCACAGGGCACAUAUAGACAAACAACCAUUCACACUCACAUUCAUACCUAUGGACAAUUUGGAGUCGCCAAUUAACCUAGCAUGUUUUUGGAAUGUGGGAGGAAACCGGAGUACCCGGAGAAAACCCACGCAUACACGGGGAGAACAUGCAAACUCCACACAGAGAUGCCCAAGGGUGGGAUUGAACCCUGGUCUCCUAGCUGUGAGGUCUGUGCGCUAACCCCUAGACCACCGUGCCGCCCCCUAAUAUAGUUUAAGUAUUUUAUUUUAUUUUAUUUUGUGAUAUAUCAUUUUAUUUUGUUUUGUUUACUUUAAUUAAAUUAAUUAAAUUUAAUUAAUGAAAAUUUACUUUACAUUACUUUACUUUAUGUUUAACAGGAGUAGGAAGAAGCAAAGCUUAUUAAAUCCUACCCCUCCAUCUGGUACUUUUACAAUCAGUAACUGUUAUAUUUGUUCACUUCCUGCUUUCCAAAUUUAUUUUAUAUAGUUUUUAUUUUAUUUUAUUACCAUCCAUUGACAUAAUGGGUACCAUAGUAAGUGUCAAUAUAGUGAUAUGUAUAGCACAUCAUGACUGGUUCAAGACUCUUCAUCCUUGUAUUUUUUAAGUCUGACUUUGGCACUUUUGAGGAAGUAUGUGGAAAUCCUUUUUUACACUGACGGACAUUCUUUCUAAUCAUUCAAAUCAGACGUCGGCUCACAUGAGUGUUUAGGCAAUGAAUAGGUCCGUCAAAGUAAAAUUUGCAAAUGUAACUUCCUGUUAUGUUGCUACCAACGCAACCUUGAAGUCACUUUAAUUGCUCGUCUGCACCUUUUAAACCACACUUGAAUCUUAAUUGUAUUUACCAGUAGAUUUGUCUGCCACCAAUAGGGAAUUAUUCACCCAGUUAUUGGAAUAUCGAUGAGCCCAGGCAGGGAUCCCACUGUUCGGAUCACCAUAGCUGAGGUGUCUUGAGGUCUCCGGAGAAACUCCUCAGUGGCAAAGCUCCACGGUUGGAGGAGUUUCACCCUGAAUUUCUGAAAUUUCUCUGGAUUCUGAGGGACUGUCGGGAACAGAACCUCUGCAUUAGCUGAGACGGGGUGGUGGUCCAUAUUUCUAAGAAGGGUGACCAGAGUGUUCCACCUUUAGGGGUGUCACACUCCUCAGCCUUUCUGGGAAAGUCUACACUGGAGUUCUGGAGAAAAGGGAAGGACUGUUAGUCGAACCUCGGCAUUGCCAGGAAUCAGUCAAACAUGUUCCUGGUCAAUGCUAACUGGGUUCUCCUUGGUACCGAUUCUGUUCAGAAUAAUGGACCAAAUUUCUAGGGGGUCCGGUUUGAGGGCCUUAGGAUCUUGUUUCUGUUAUUUGCAGACAAUGUGGUCCUGAUGGUCUCAUCAGGGCUUUGACCUUCAACGUUUACUGGAAAGGCUUACAGGCGAAACCCAGAACCUCCAAAUCUCAAGUCGGAAAACGGUGGAUUGUACCCUUUGGGUUGGGAGUGAGAUCUUCCAGGUUCAGGUCCAAGUACUAUGUUGGGUUUUUGUUUACAAUUGAAGGUUGGAGCGUAUGGUGGAGAAGUGUAUCAGUGCAGCAUCUGCAAACGGUGGCAAAAUGACGUAGCUAGUGUCUGAAAGCAGACCAAAUACGUAAAGUUCCGAAGACCACAAGGAUAACAAAGUCUUAUCAUCCAACCUUCUUCAAUUGUCUGUCAGCAUCUUGGAAAAAACUAUCGCAUGCGGUAUCUGUGGGGGCAUCCUGGUGUUAAUUUUGACUUGUUACAACAGUGGAACUAUUAAUGUUGUUACGGUGUUUGUCUAUCUUCAACCACCAUUUGUGCAGAUACCAACUUGCAGUACCCGGUCUGUUUUUGUGUCUUUGCUAGGUGCUCUUUUUAAUUAAAAGAACCCACAGGUUUGAAUAUUAUACACUUUAAAAAGUUGGACAGAAAGGCAAGAACAGUGAAUAAUGAAUAUCACUUUUUUUUCACAUUUUAAACGCACUUUUUAAAAAUAUUGUUCAGAUCCGCCCCCUUCAUGUACAAUAUUUGAUGCUUGUUUCAUGGUUUCACUCCCAAAAAUGUUACAGACUGUUGUAGCGUCCAUGUGGGAGUAUUUAUAUAUGGACAUUCAUAUUGUGUUGCAUGUAUAUACGAUCCAAAUUAAAUAUU